AUGGAUACUCUCAAAGCCCUUGUUGCAAGAGUUGCCAGAGCAUUUUACGACCCUAAAUACAUUGCUAUUCUGGAUGCCUUGAACAAUGCGCCACCCAAUACCAAUGGCGUUCGUGAGGAAGAUUUAGUCUUUACGCUCAAAAUGACACCUCGUGAUAUUCACAGAAUUUGCGGCAAGUUGAAAGAAGACAGACUGAUCAAGAUGGCGAACCGAAUGGAACCUCGAAAACAAGAUCAACGUUUAAUACCCAAAAAUUACUAUUAUAUUGAUUACAAAGAAUUUGUGGAUGUUGUAAAAUGGAAAAUGUUCAAAAUGCAGACACUGGUGCGCGAUAACCUACGAACCGAGUCAGAGAACAAGGGCUAUAUUUGCAACAAUUGUGAAAAGCAGUUCACGCCAUUAGACGUCCUUUCGCUGGUGGACAUGACCGACCAACUGUUCCACUGCGACGUGUGUGAGCAUGUCUUGGAGGAGAACGAUAAUGCAGAGAAUGUCAAGGGAAGCCAGCAAAUCCUGACCAAACUACGAGAACAAUCACAGCCCAUCAUUACACUGCUGAAACAAACAGAUAGCAUUGUGAUUCCCUCCAGCUACAUUUACAAGCAUACAGGCGGUAGUCGAGCUAGUAAAUCAGACGAGUACGAGUUGGCCAUUGCACAAGACACAGGCGCAGGACAGGGCGAUAUCAUUGUAGACCUGCAGAUGGACAAUGAAGCAGCGAGACGUGCCAAGAUGGAAGAAGCAGAGCAAAAGAGACAGCAAAACGCAUUGCCGGUCUGGCAUCAACAGUCGACCAUUUCAGGUACCAGUUUGGUGGGCACCGGCGAUCGGCCAGUGGCAGAAGAGCAGGAUGAAGAGGAUACGUUUGAAGAUGUGGGCCCUGCAGAAAUGGAUGCGGAUACAGAAGACUAUUAUGCGAAAUACUAUGAGAGUCUCAGUCAUAGCAAUGCAUUGGAAGAGGACCGUGAUGUCUUUGAGACAGUGGAUACUGCACAAGUAGAGACAUUUGAAGAACAACAGCCCACCAAUUCAGGCGAAGAAGAGUUUGAAGAGGACGAAGAUGUGCCUUUGGUCUCUGUAAAUGGUAAAAUGAUCCCACUGAAUGAAGUGCAAGAAGAAGACCAAAGAAACAUGACAACAGAUGAAUACAAAGCCUAUUACGAAGCUUGGGAAAACUGGCAAAACAACUAG